AUGUUUUGUUUUAUUGCAUUUUUGGUGUUUUUCAUUUUUGUGAAUGACUGUACGGGGUUGACGCCGCAAUGCAGGAACGAGAAGGGGGAGCCAGUUGAUUGGUUUUAUGUAUAUAAACUGCCAAGAGAAAAGAAUCACCUAAACCCUUUAGUGCGGAAAGGGGUGGCGUAUAUGCAUUUAACACCACCAAAACUUAGGGGGGGAUGGAUCAUGUCUGAUCUUGCUAUUAGCGACCCUCGAUCUAUGGUGGGGAAAACUUUAUCGCCUUUGUAUCAGGAUAAGAAUAUAAUUUCUCUCGUCUACAACGAUCAACCUCCUGCAGGAGAAAAUCAACCGGACAUAUUGCAAUCUGUUGCUGAUAUGUACUCGAAAAGUAAAAGAGGGCAAAUGAAACAAGCAGGAAUAAAAAAAUAUAAGAAGUUCAAACUCGGCGACAAGUACUACGAUGACUACGAUUUAGCUGAAAUGUGCAAGAUGCACUCCAAGUUUAUGAAGACGAGGGUAGAGAGUGGUCACACCAAAGGCGUAAUUUUGGGCGACAAGUUCACUUCACUCUGGCUCGUCCAUUCUGUGCCCAGGUUUCCGCCACUCCCUGACUUGAUUAAUGGUUUAAACGUUUCUGGUUACGACUACCCGUCUACUGGUAUGAAGUAUGGACAGUCUUUCCUCUGCGUGUCUGUGCAAACUUCAACGUUAAACCAGAUAGCCACACAGUUAAAGUACAACGAACCUUUGAUAGUGCAUCAACAUAUACCACAGGAGUUCGAAAGUGAACUGCCAAAUUUGAUUGAUGUGAUCCGCAACAAGACGAUCGAUGCUUCGCCUUGGUAUCACAUAGAAAGUUUCGAGACUUUAGUAGGCCGCAAAUUCCUGUCAUUUGCAAAAAGUGCAAUGUUCAAUGAUGACUUGUAUAGCGGUUUAGUCGCAGAAGUGUUGCAGUCAGAUCUUUUGGUGGAGUCGUGGACUAAUGGGCCAGGGACCUUGGAUUCGGAGUGCAGUAGAAACUUCCAAGUACGUAACAUCGAGCGAUUAAAGUUUCCAAUCGCGAAGAUGUCCUUCACGUCACACAACGAUCACUCCAAAUGGGCGGUAGCAGUAGCUCACAAGAUGCACAACAGCCAGGACACUAAGGUAGCUGACUACUGGGUGUGUGUCGGUGAUAUUAACAGAGCGUUACCGCAAGAAUCACGCGGCGGUGGCACGGUGUGCACUUCGGGCCCAAUUCUCUGGGGUAACUUUGCACAUCUCAUCGAAUCCGUGCAGACGUGUAAUUAA